AGUUCAUAGCUUGUAUUUUCAGUCAUCAUUGCUGCUUACUUAAGAAAACGUUCUGUCAGCCCGAACCCUAACCUUAACAACCCCUAACCCCAACCUCAACCCUGGGCUUGGGCUUGGGCUUGGCCUUAACCCUGACCCUAUCCCUAGAUCGUAUUUGGCUGGGGUUAUGAUUGCUGAGUCAUACAUAUAAAAAUUGAAAUUAGGACUCACACCUCACUUAAUAAAGGAUCAAGGCGUCUUUAAUAUGCUAGGAUAGAAGGAUUUCUUUAAAUCUAUGUUCAGUUUCUUAAUCAUGUCGAUAUGAAAUAAAAUGCUAGGAAGAAAAUACACGAGGAGUGAGAUAUUGAGGGAACGACUUCUUAUUACUCUUUCUUAGAUAAUACGGCCAGUUGGGCAGGCGGUGAGGCUUUAAUAUCUUCGAUAAACCCCACAUCGGCAUUCUGCCGCUUAAAGUGGAGUAGUGGGAUGGAUAAGACUUGAUGAGGAAGAGUGAACCGCGACUUGAGCAUCAUUUUAACGGUAAACGGCCUCGAGGCCUCGGAAGUUAAUUAAGACGAUACUAAUUCUGGAAGCCCGGGGGCUUCGAAACCGCCAAGAUGGUAAACAUUACAGAGAAGAUCAAGGAGAUUGAGGAUGAGAUGAAGAGGACGCAGAAGAAUAAGGCGACUGAAUAUCAUCUUGGUCUUCUAAAAGGAAAACUUGCGCGUCUACGAGCACAACUACUAGAGCCUGGCCCGGGAGCAGGUGGUGGGGGUGGCGCUGGUUUCGAUGUGAGCAAAAGUGGUGAUGCACGAAUAGCACUGGUUGGCUUUCCGUCAGUGGGAAAGUCGACGUUUCUAUCGAAAGUAACAAAAACGAGAUCAGAAGUCGCCUCAUAUGCCUUCACAACCCUAACUGCAAUUCCCGGAGUGCUCGAGUAUGGUGGUGCCGAAAUUCAACUACUCGAUCUGCCUGGUAUCAUCGAGGGCGCCGCGGAAGGAAAGGGGAGAGGACGACAAGUUAUCUCAGCUGCGAAGACGAGUGAUCUUAUUCUUAUGGUUCUCGACGCGACAAAAAGGGCAGAGCAAAGAGCGCUGCUGGAGGCUGAAUUAGAAGCAGUUGGCAUCCGGUUGAACAGAGAGCCACCGAAUAUCUAUCUAAAAGCCAAGAAAGCCGGCGGCAUGAAGAUCACAUUCCAAUCACCACCAAAGAAUAUAGACGAGAAGAUGGUGUUUAACAUUCUACGCGAUUACAAAAUGCUAAACUGCGAGGUCUUGGUCCGAGACGACGAGGCGACAGUCGAUGAUCUGAUCGACGUUAUCAUGAAGGACCACCGCAAAUACAUCAAGUGCCUCUACGUCUACAACAAGAUCGACAGCGUUUCGCUCGACUUUCUAGAUAAGUUGGCACGCGAGCCACAGACUGUCGUCAUGAGUUGCGAGCUGGAUUUGGGUAUUCAGGAUGUGGUUGAUCGGUGUUGGAAGGAGCUGCAACUGAUCAGAGUCUACACAAAGCGAAAAGGCACAGAUCCGGACUUCAGCGAGGCGUUGAUUGUACGGAAUAACGCUACCAUCGAAGAUGUCUGCGACCGGAUUCACCGGACCCUAAAGGAUACAUACAAGUAUGCGUUAGUAUGGGGCGCAAGUGCCAGACACAUACCACAAAGAGUUGGUCUGGGACAUACGGUAGCAGAUGAGGAUGUAGUCUACAUAGUUAGCGGGUACAAGGCAUGAAAACAA